AUUACGAUGGACUAAACUUAUUUGUCUGGCAUAAGUAUCAAUAUAAUGAUUAUCAAAGAUUUUCUUCUAUUUUCUCAAUCUUAAAGCACAGGGAAAAACAUUAGGCAUAUAAAUCAUUAAUCUAUAUAGAAUGCAGGAUUCACUAAUCAUUAAAAAUACUUUUUUGCUAUGGGGCGGAUAGAAAAUCUAGAAAUAAUUUGAUUUCUUGAACAAAGGUUAAACGUUACACAGCAAGGGUUAAACUUGCAUGUGGAUGUUUAUGAAUGGAUUACGACUACUUUGAAAGACAAGUUACCAUACGAAUUUGCUACCGCAUAACUCACUUUAAACACCACUUGUUUCAUCUUACUCUUGAUCUCGACCAAAUAUAGGAUGGUUCAAAUGCAACUAUGCUAUCUCUGAUUCAGCAUCACGAGGAGUUGUCGCAGAUGAAUGUUAAGGGAUCAUCAAAGAGCUUCAAAUUAUUAGGGUUCAGGUACUUCAGGACUAUAUCAAGCGUUGAAGUAGAAGGUAUAAUAGUUGUAUGGCUUUACGAAACAUCAAGAGGGUUGCAAUUAAGUUUGUUUGAAAGGAGAUAUGAAGAUGUCUCAAUACUAAACAUGAUUAAAAACAAGCUUGGAUUGCUAAACUAUUAUCGAUCUAGCUUUCAUCAUGUCAAAAGGAAUUUCAACGUGACAAGCUCAUGUACUAGUUAGAAAGGGACCACCCAAUAACUUUGUUUGGUCAAUGCAGACUUUGCAUUCAGACUACAUUACUUCAAGCUUAAUAUAAUCCUGAUCUCGUUGGAAACGAUGAAAUUGUUAUAUAUGAUAAAUUUGCUUUGUUCAAAUACGUUAAUUUGUCUCUAAGUAUUAGUUAGCUGUGAUAUUCAAUUAUUUUCAUGGGAUAAGUCCACAUCUUCUAUUUUCAUAUUUUGAAGUCAACUGUUGAGUUUACAUUUUUUUUUUCUCUUGCACAUAAUAUAAAAAUACUAGAAUGGGUCUAAUAAUUUGGGGGUUACAAUUAAACAGGCGCCCCAAUUGAGAGUAAGAUAACAUUUAUUUUGCUGUCAUAAUCAAAUUUUAGCUUUUUUAGCAUAGAUUCCAUCAAACUCUCAACAUCUCAUGUUAUAUAUAUAAAUUUAAUUAAUGAAAAACUCGCGUUAUACUUAUUAAAUAGUAUGAUGCAUCUCCGUACGCAAGUGCCAUCAACCAUAUUUUAAGUUUGAUAUAAAUUGUUAAAUUUUCCAAAAAAAAAAUCUUUGUAAAUACUAAGCUAGCUUCUCUUGAUCUAUGUUUAAAUACAGCUUUCUUUUUGUGGUUUCGGAAAGGAGGAACUUUGGAAUCUCUUGUAAGAAAAAUAUGAGCACGAAAAAAGAGAGCAGACUACGCAAGUACAUGAAGGUUCCCAUAAAGAUGGUGGUGAAAGCUAGAGACUUGUACAUACAAAGCAUGAACCAAUUAUCUUCCCAUGACCUUGGCGGCGCCAUGUCUUUGGGAAUACCAGUCUGCUCCGUAAGCUCUCUCUCACGAAGUCUCAGCGCAAGCCACUCCCAAAAUUCCGCGAGGUCUAUAGAGGAUCGUGUAGCUGAACUUGUAAGAUCCGCAUCAGCUAGGAGUACGACCGCUGAUACGCGCCAUGGACCGUCCACGAAAUUGAGGAAGGCUAAGAGUGUGAGAAGUUGUGAUGAUUAUCAUAGGUUUGAGAGAAUUGAUGAGACAAGUCCUUUGAUUAAUUUCGGGCGUAAUCACAAGAUGACUCAAAGGAGUAAGAGUUACAGUGUUGCCAAGUAUACUUAUGCUCUCCAGUAACUAUUGUAUGUAAUAUUCCGUAUCUUGUUUGAUCCAAUGAUUGAGUGGUUUACGUAAUUAAGAGUGAAACCAAUGCGUGUAUUGCUUUGCCAUAUUGUUGUAAAAGUGAAAAUAAAAACGUUAACGUAGUGUCGUUUGUAUAAUAUUUUCAAUAUUCCAUUUUCUUCCAUAUA